CACUCCCAACCUCCGCCAGCACUCCCCCACCUCCCCCAGCACUCCGCACCACCGCCAGCACUCCCACCAUCCCCCACCACUCCCCACCUCCCCCAGCACUCCCAGCCUCCCCACCACUCCCACCAUCCCCCAGCACUCCCAACCUCCCCCAGCACUCCCACCUCCCCCAGCACUCCCAACCUCCCAGCACUCCCAACCUCCCCAGCACUCCCACCUCCCCCAGCACUCCCAACCUCCCUCAGCACUCCCAAUCUUCGCCAGCACUCCCCAGCACUCCCCACCUCCCCCAGCACUCUCCACCUCCCUCAGCACUCCCCACCUCCCCCAGCACUCCGCACCUCCGCAAGCACUCCCACCUCCCUCAGCACUCCCACCUCCCCACCACUCCCACCUCCCUUAGCACUUCCCUCCAGCACUCCCCACCCCUCAGCCUCCCCACCUCCCCCAGCACUCCCACCUCCCCACCACUCCCACCUCCCUUAGCACUUCCACCUCCCCCAGCACUCCACCUCCACCUCCCCCCAGCACUCCCCACCUCCCGCCAGCACUCCCACCUCCCCCCACCACUCCCACCUCCCUCAGCACUCCCAACCUCCCCCCAGCACUCCCACACCAUCCCCCAGCACUCCCAACCUCCCCCAGCACUCCCCACCUCCCCACACUCCCCACCUCCCCCAGCACUCCGCAACCUCCGCCAAGCACUCCCACCUCCCUCAGCACCCCCCACCUCCCCUCAGCACUCCCACCUCCCCACCACUCCCACCUCCCUCAGCACUCCCACCUCCCCACCACUCCCACCUCCCUUAGCACUUCCACCUCCCCCAGCACUCCCCACCUCCCUCAGCACUCCCCACCUCCCCCAGCACUCCCACCCCCCCACCACUCCCACCUCCCUUAGCACUUCCACCUCCCCCAGCACUCCCCCACCUCCCCCAGCACUCCGCACCUCUGCAAGCACUCCCACCCUCCCCACCACUCCCACCUCCCCCAGCACUCCCACCUCCCCACCACUCCCCACCUCCCUUAGCACUUCCACCUCCCCCAGCACUCCCCACCUCCCCUCAGCACUCCCACCCUCCCCCAGCACUCCCCACCUACCCCAGCACUUCCACCUCCCCUCAGCACUCCCAACCUCCGCCAGCACUCCCACCUCCCCCAGCACUUCCACCUCCCCCAGCACUCCCCACCUCCCUCAGUACUCCCCACCUCCCCAGCACUCGGCACCUCCCACUCCCCACCUCCCCCAGCACUCCCACCUCCCCAGCACUCCCACCUCCCCAGCACUCCGCACCCUCCGCAAGCACUCCCCACCUCCCCUCAGCACUCCCACCUCCCUCAGACCCCACCUCCCCCAGCACUCCCCACCUCCCCCAGCACUCCCCACCUCCCUCAGCACUCCCGCACCUCCCUCAGCACUCCGCACCUCCGCAAGCACUCCCACCUCCCUCAGCACUCCCACCUCCCCAGCACUCCCACCUCCCUUAGCACUUCCACCUCCCCCAGCACUCCUCACCUCCCACAGCACUCCCACCUCCCCAGCACUCCCCACCUCCCCCAGCACUUCCCACCUCCCUCAGCACUCCCCACCUCCCUCAGCACUCCGCACCUCCCUCAGCACUCCCACCUCCCCCAGCACUCCCCACCUCCCUCAGCACUCCCCACCUCCCCCACAGCACUCCGCACCUCCCCAGCACUCCCCACCUCCCUCAGCACUCCCCACCUCCCACAGCACUCCGCACCUCCCCCAGCACUCCCACCUCCCCCAGCACUCCCCACCUCCCUCAGAACUCCCACCUCCCCCAGCACUCCCCACCUCCCCCAGCACUCCCCACCUCCCCUCCAGCACUCCCCACCUCCCCAGCACUCCGCACCUCCGCAAGCACUCCCACCUCCCUCAGCACUCCCACCUCCCCAGCACUCCCACCUCCCUUAGCACUUCGACCUCCCCCAGCACUCCUCAUCUCCCACAGCACUCCCACCUCCCCCAGCACUCCCCACCUCCUCCAGCACUCCUCCACCUCCCUCAGCACUCCCACCUCCCUCAGCACCCCACCUCCCCAGCACUCCCACCUCCCCCAGCACUCCCCACCUCCCACAGCACUCCGCACCUCCCUCAGCACUCCCACCUCCCUCAGCACUCCCACCUCCCUCAGCACUCCCACCUCCCCCAGCACUCCCCACCUCCCUCAGCACUCCCCCACCUCCCACAGCACUCCGCACCUCCCCCAGCACUCCCCACCUCCCUCAGCACUUCCCACCUCCCACAGCACUCCGCACCUCCCCAGCACUCCCGCACCUCCCCCAGCACUCCCGCACCUCCCCCAGCACUCCCCACCUCCCUCAGCACUCCCACCUCCCUCACACUCCCCACCUCCCCCAGCACUCCCCACCUCGCCCAGCACUCCCCACCUCCCCCAGCACUCCCACCUACGCCCAGCACUCCCACCUCCCCACCCUCAGCCAGCACUCCCCACCUCCCCCAGCACUCCCACCUCGCCCAGCACUCCCACCUCCCCACCUCAGCCAGCACUCCCCACCUACCCCAGCACUCCCCACUUCCCUCAGCACUCCCCACCUCCCCCAGCACUCCCACCUCCCCACCUCCCCCAGCACUCCCCACCUCCCCCAGCACUCCCACCUACCCCAGUACUCCCACUUCCCUCAGCACUCCGCACCUCCCCCAGCACUCCCACCUCUGCUUUGUCUACAAAACAAUAACAAUGAUUGAGGGGCGGUCAGUGGCGCUGUUUCCUCUACUGCGGAUUCCAUCAUUAAAUGGAAAU